UGAUCACGUGAGCGGUGUCUACGCGCAACAGUGGAGAGCGAAGAUGGCGGAUGGCGAGAGCGAGCAGGCCCCUGAGCCUUUCACCGAGCGACUAAGGAGAGCCCAAGCCGAGCUGAGGAGGCGCGGCCUGUCCGAAGAGUCCUCGGUGCAGUACUGCCAGCAUUUCUGCGAGAUCUUGGUACAAUAUGGUGAGAAGUGCAAAGCUUCUGAAGAACUCCUACCUUUAUUGGAGGUCUAUCGGAUUUCUAUCCAGAGUUACACAAAUGCAAGGCCUUACCUGACUGCAGAAUGUGCCCAUAUUCAUUUUGUGCUGAAUCGAUUAGCAGUGAGUUGUUUCGAACUUCUGUUGUCUCUGUCUGAAAAUGAGAUUCCACAAGAGGUAUGGCAACAACUACAACAGACAUUGCAGGAUUCUCACAUUGCAUUGCUGGAAUUUGGGCAUAAUGAACUGCAGGCCCUUCUUGCUAUCGCAAGAGAAGGUGGUGCAUGGAAAAAUCCAGUCCUACAAUGCGUUCUUUCCAAACAACCAGCAGAGAUUGAAGAAGUCAACAAUUACUUGAUCCAGGAGGGGCCUGCAUUCCUUGAGAUACGCAUUAAACAUCUGAUGAAGACAGACCGUAAGCUUGAUGCAACACUGCUAGCGAAAUGUUGUGCAGAAAAUUCAGAAAUUAACAGCAAAGGUGCUUUUCGACAAAUCUACCUCACUUGUCUCUGUGCUAUGGGACCCAAUGAGGAGGCAGCAAAAGAGAUUGCCCGUGUUGAUUGCAAGGAAGUACUGGAUAUUAUUUGUAAUUUGGAGUCUGAUGGCCAGGAUAGUGCUGCUUUUGUCCUGUGUACAACAUUCCUUACACAUCAGCUACAGCAGGAAAGUGUCUAUUGCUCUUGGGAACUUACACUGUUUUGGAGCAAGUUGCAGCGAAGAAUGGAUCCCUCCUUGGAGUCCUUUCUGGAACGCUGCCGGCAGCUUGGUAUCAUUGCAAGAACAGUGUACCACAUAUUCUUCCUUAUAAAAGUUAUCCAAUCUGAAGUAAGUAACCAGUUGAUUUCUUGAAAUUGAAAAGCUGUUUGUUUAGUAAUUGGGUUUUUUCUGUCAUGCCUUACUUAACUGUUGUCUUGAAAUUCACUCACUUUAUAGUCCCUGUUACUUGAGUUACUUGAUUUAAAAAAAGGCAAGCUGUUAAAUAUUUAUAUCAGUUCUUUUGUGAUAGUUCUUUAGCCAGUGUUGCCACCUUUUUUUGAUUUUAUAAAUCUGAAAUUGGGUAUGGAUUUGUUGAUCUGCCUUGAGCCAAGAUGCUACAAAUAUUGUUUAUGCCAGUGCAUCUUAAAUUGGAUGUUAGAGCACAGAGCCUGUUCAGUAAUCAGUCACCCUAAUAAAAAAUCGAGAUGUGUACUGUUAGCUGGCUACCAUAUUGUGGAACUUAAUUGAAGCUAGAGGGUCUUCAACUAGCUGAAGAAGUUGCAGAGAUACUCUGAAGUCAAC